AUGGAUGCACGGCUGCACUACUCCAGGCGACUCCUGCUACAGCUGCAGGGGCCGGCAGCGUGCCCGUCGCCCGUCCCCGCGGCGCCCAGCGCCGCCGUUCCGGACGCUCGGCCGGGCCCGGCAGCGGCAGGCGAACUCAACUCCGACACGAUCCUCACCCUCGCGCUCCUCACGUGCGGCCUCGUCGCGGCGCUCACGUUCCGCGUCGUGCUCCAGUGCGCGCUCCGCGUCACGCGCGGCGCGUGCUGCGGCGGAGCCGCCGACGCACAGGACGACGACGACGACGACCCCGAGGAGCAGGAGGAGCGGCACGCGGGCGGAGGCGCGGGGCCGGCGGAGCAGCUGCAGGCCGCGGCGGCGCGGCACGCGCACGGGAGGAAGCAGCUGCAGCUGCUCCCGGCGGCGCUGGUGGAGGCACUGCCGUGCCUGGCGUUCUCGGCGGGGCUGGAGCUGGUCGGGUCGUCGCAGUCGGAGUGCACCAUCUGCCUCGCCGAUUUCGCGCGCGGGGAGGCGGCGCGCGUGCUGCCGCGCUGCAACCACGGCUUCCACGCGCAUUGCAUUGACCGCUGGCUCGCGGCGCGGCCGACGUGCCCCACCUGCAGACAGGCGCCGUUUGACGAGCCCACCGCGUUUCUGUAG